UGCCUUUCGCAUAGGUCAUUUGCUGUAGUUCUUGUACUGGAUCUGUCCAAACCUCACGAACUCUGGACUACUGCAGAGAAACUUCUGCAGGUCACCAGGAACCACGUGAACAAAAUUUUAACCAAAGUAGAAAAGACAAAUCCUGAAGUAGCUACGGAAAUUAAACAGAGGAUGUGGAACAAUCUGCAGAGGGAUCAUCCAGAUUAUGAGUUGAUUGACCCUUUUCCAAUACCCAUGGUGAUAGUUGGAAGCAAAUAUGAUAUUUUUCAUGAGUUUGACUCUGAAAUGAGGAAAAUAAUAAGCAAGACACUUCGAUUUGUUUCACAUUAUUAUGGAGCAUCAUUAGUGUUUACCAGUAAAUCUGAGGCUCUCCUGCUGAAAGCCCGUGUUCUUAUUAAUCACUUGGCAUUUGGCUAUGAUAAAAGCAAGUCUGUAUCAGUGGAUCACAACAAACCCCUGUUUAUACCAGCAGGCCUGGAUUCGCUGAGCCAAAUAGGACCACCCCCUGCUUCUGAGAGUGAUAUUGGAAAGAUGCGUGCAAACACACCUUUGGAACUGUGGAAAAAAGUUUUUGAGAAAAUAUUUCCUCCCAAGAGUAUCUGUGAUUUACAAGACACAAAGGACCCUGCACAGGAUUUACAGUAUGUGGAAUAUGAAGUUGAUGUCAUGAGAGCUCAGAAAAAACAGGAGCUUGAACAAUACAAAAGAAAUGCCUCUAAGUCCUGGAAAGAAAUGGAUUUUGACUCUGAUUGAUGAACUGCUAUAGGUGUCUUCAGUUUAACAUUUACAAAGUCGUUUUAAUAAUAUUAACAUUACACUAGCAAUUUAAUCUGAUAGAGUUGAAAAUAUGCACUAUCCAACUACAAAAAUAAUAUUUAUUAAGCAUGCCUGGUAUUAUUUUUAAUAAAAUAAGCUAUAACUCAUUCAGUCCAAAUUUAAGUGUAUCUUGGUACUGACACAGACUUUUAAACAUGGGGAGGAAGGAGUUUGGGGUUGUUUAGAGAUGGGUUCCAAUAUGCAGGCUGACAUUAGUCAGUUCUAC